UGGCUAGGGAUUCUACAGGAGCGUCUCCUGCCUGCCCCACCUACCUUUGUAUAAAGUCUCUACCGCAGGAAGGCUCCAGCAAGAAAAGCCAGUGAGCAGUAGCUGAACAGACAGACGCUAUGUUCUCCUAUAAUUCAGAGCCUGGCCGAAGCCCGGCUGCCUGUGGCACGGCUAGUUCUCUAGCCAUGCAACUGCUGCUAUUCCUUCUGCUCUUCCCAUCUCUUGGGCAAGGGGUUCCUCAGUGCCCCAAGGCCUGCAACUGUACCUUGCCAGUCAAUGGCACAUCAGCCACCUGCGGUCCCCUGGACAGCUUCCCCAGAGGCCUUCCUGUGGAUACUACUUAUGUCUUUAUAGAAUAUACCAACCUCUCACAGCUCUCAAGUGACACCCUCAAGGGCCUCCCUAAUCUCAAGGAAUUGCACCUCGCUGGCAACAGGAUUGACAACUUGAGCUCUCAGCUCCUGACACUCACACCCACCCUGAAGGUGCUGGACCUGACAGGUAACAACCUGUCUGAGCUACCCAGUGGACUCUUCAGAAACUCGGCAGCCCUCCACUCCUUGGUACUGAAAGGAAACAGACUACAGACUCUUAAGGCAGACUGGCUAGAGGGAUUGGUGGCCUUGAACUGGCUGGAUGUAUCUGCGAACCAGCUCCAGAGGCUGCCCCCAGACCUGCUCCUCAACCUUACUGCCCUGCAUAUCCUGGACCUAUCUGAUAACAUGUUGCUGGAGCUGCCCCGCAAUCUGCUGAAGGGCCUCCCCAACCUGGAAAGGCUUCACCUGGAGGGUAACCAACUCAAGACUCUGGCCAAGGGCACCUUUUCUGUUACACCACACCUAUGUUACCUUUUCCUCCAGGGAAACAGGUUAAGCAACCUGCCUUCCAGCAUCUUCAGCACCCUGGGUGAGCUGGAUAUGAUUGACCUGUCCAACAACUCGCUGGCACAAGUCCCUGACGGGCUGUUGGAUAAGAUGGGCCAGAUGAGGGUUGGAUUUGAUCUCUCAGAAAAUCCUUGGAAAUGUGAUGAGAAGCUAUGUGGUCUCUACCAUUGGCUUUUGAACAACCAGGACAGAAUGUUCUUCAAGAGUAAGACCCGCUGUGAUAGCCCCGAAGACCAAGCAGGCCAGAUGCUCCUGGAGGUGGCUAAGAAAACAGUCUGCCCCAAGCAGUAGGUGCUAGGGGACACAACACAAGGCUCUACCUUCUCAACUUUGUCAUCUACACAUCCCCCUACAUACUCAGCAGCCUGAACUCACACCCCAGCGUGACACCCAGGCAAAGCUUUACCAAAGGCUCUCCCCUUGCCCACAGCCCCUGAGCCCUUGAACCUGACAGACCCAGAAUCCCCAUAGCCCAUGCUCCCCUGUCCCCAAAUCUUCCACUACCCUCCUCUAUCCUGAACUACAAAGAUUCCAUCAAUACUGAUUGAGCAUCUCUUGCAUGGUACUCCAAAGCCUGAUCAGUAAGCAGGAUUGCUUUCCUCUUCCAUUUUAAUUGAAAAUGUAAGUCAAGGAAAUAAUGUAAAAGGACCUAUCUGGACCUGUCUGAUAACAUGUUGCUGGAGGUGCCCCCCACCAUCUGCUGAAGGGCCUCCCCCUUCUGGAAAGGCUUCACCUGGAGGGCAACCCGCUCCAGACUCUGGCAGAGGACACCUAGGAAAAACUGUAAGGAAAAAGUCAUAGAGAUAAAGGGAGAUUAUUGAGGGAUAGUUCUUACUCAUUUGGCCAUUUGUAUUCUUAAGGAGAUGGUGUCUCCAUGGAAACAUUUGGCCCAAACAUCUUCACCUUUUUUUAGGGGCUAGGAGUCAUGUUAGAGACUUUCAGAGAGGCAGGUUUCUGUGCAAUUAUAUUGUGAGCUCCUUGAGGGCAAGGACAGUCUUUUGCCUCUUUUUGUAUCCCCUG